UUUCGUCUUUCCACCUCCAUAUCAUCGAUUACCGCCAUAUUGAAUGAUAUACACAGUUAAUGACCCUUCACUCUACGCACUAAACCCACUUUGUUGAUCGAAAACCCUAAUCGUUCAUUGAAAUCUUGCAUUUGAUCAUCAACCGCAAUCGUAAGUUUGAAUCCAUGAGUAUGGUCCAAAUGUGGGAAAUCAGGCCAAGAAAUCAGUGUUUUGAUGCAAUCCGAAUUUACGAAGGAUAUCCCACGAUGUUCACUAUUGAGCUCCAUCAUGGAGGGAGGUUCACAAAAUUCCCAGGGAUAAGCUACAUUGAAGGAAAAUUAGACCACAUUGACUUGGUAGACAUGGAUGAGUUCUCUGUGCAUGAGUUGGACGAGGUGAUGCUGAAGCUUGGUUAUGAUGUACCACCAGUCAUUUACUACCACUAUCAAUUGCCAAAUGGAGAUUUGGAGUUUGGUCUUAGAGCUCUAGGGAAUGAUAUUGAUGUACUUAGUCUUGCACAGUACAUUGAACAUCAUAAGAUCAUCAAGGUAUACACUGAACAUAAUGAAACUAAGUUACUUACAUACUUUAUGUCUCCAAGAGUUAAACCUAGGGUCAUAAUUGAGGAAAUAGCAGAUGAUGUGCCCACUGCAACUGUUGGUGAUCAAGAUGUCCCAAAUCUUGAAUUGUGUUUAGUAAGAUAUGAGACACCCGAAUACAAUUCAAAUAAGAGAUUGAGGUUAGUUGAUGGGAGUCAAUCAUGUAGUAAGAAAUUGUGUUUCAACUUGGAACACACUGCAACUGUUGGUGAUCAAGAUGCACAUGUUGAAAUUGGUAAUGAAGGUGCAAAUAUUAGUGAGCAAGGUGCAACUGUUGGUGGUCAAGAUACACAUGUUGAAAUUGGUAAUGAAGGAGCAAAUGUUAGUGAUCAAGGUGCACCUGUUGGUGAUCAAGAUACAGAAGUUCAUGAUCAAGGUGCAAAUGUUGGUGACCAAGAAGUAAAUACAAGAGAGUUUGAUACCUUUGAUGACCAACCAUUUCAAUUUGAAGACUUUGAUCCUUUCUUUGAUCAAUAUACUUUUAAUGAUGGUAAUGAUCAGAGUAUGGGUGUUGGUGCAGAACUUGGCACAGGACUAGGGGAAGUUCAAUUUGAAAGUGAGGGAGUUUGUGAAGGACUUGGUGAAGGAGGUAGUGAAGGGGGUAGUGAAGGGAGUGAGGAAGAUAGUGACUUUCUUGAAGAUGAAGAAAACUAUGUACGUGAUAUUGAGGUGGACAUGAGUGAUUUCUAUAUGAAUGUUGAUCUAGAUGUUGAAUAUGUUGACAGAGGAAAAGGUGUUGAGACUGAAAAUGAAGUUGUUGAUACAGAAGAUGUUGAAGAUGUUGAAGUAAUUGAUAAUGAUGAAUGGGACUCAUUAGGUGAAGAUAGUGAUGAUGAAAGAAGGAAAGCAAUAUUAAAACAGAUGGGGAAGGAGAAGAAGUGCUCUCUUGGUGAAGUCCAUACAGUUACCCACAGGCUGAGCAUGGAUUCCGUCUAA